AGUAGUAGCCACAGAAAAAUCAGCAUGUUUACGUCGUACGUUCCGUGAUGUGUCUUUUAAAUGUAAAAAUACAAAAAAUACUUGCUUAAAAUCAGUAUGAGUGAAUAUAAUUUAUUGAUUGUUUGUUUUAUUUCUGUGACUGGACUUCUAAUCAAAGCAGAGUGGGUUGAAAUACCAGCAUUUUCACAUGACCAGAAGGUUUACAGAACAUCACUCAAGCUAGAUCGCUUUAAUCAGUUUUAUCGUGAUGAGAGAGAUUUCACUUCUACAGUGGGUUACGAUAUUCAAAACGUGAGUAAAUACCAACAAGCUUCAGAGAUCAGAAAUACCGCCUAUCCAAAACGACCGGAAUAUUUAUUUAUAAAUAAUGCUACUGUUUCGUCCCUGGAUUUUUCUGGAUAUUCGCAAGCAACUACUGCCACAGUGACAAGCACAGAAAACACAAAUUUUGAGGAAAAUGAGGAACCGUUGGAGGAUUAUGAUCAUGAUGAGUAUGAUGAUGAAGGCGAAGUACAUGAGGAGCAAAUUAAUACGCCAGAAAUUUCAGAGCAAGAAGAAAUGCAUACUACUUGUUCAACUGACACAUUGGAAACAAAAAUAUUUUCAAACAGCAGUUUUCAAGAAAAACUGAACAUAAACGUUUCUGAAAGAGAACCAGAAACAGACAAACACUAUCUCUAUUAUUUACCGGUUAAAUUACUUAAAAAUGUGCACUUAAUUUUGAAAUCACAGCCUGCAACUUUAGAUGGAAAAAUUAGGUUCUUAAAGAAUUUUGAGAAGACUCUUCUAAUUGAAGUUGAAUCCCGAUUAGCUGCUUCUAUGUCUCCGUUUACGGAUGCAAAUGAAAGUAAAGGAAAACGUAAAAAAAGAUACGAUCACUAUGAAGAUGAUCAUUUGGGGUUUCCUUCAUUGGAAGGAGCAUUGAUGGCAAUUUCGUUUCUUACAUUCGCGGUUUAUCUAGUACGACUAAUAAUGUUAUUGUGUCAAAAUUUCAUGACCGUUCCUCCAACUGCUGCAACAGUAUUCUUUGGAAGAAAAAAGCGAUCUAUGGAUUAUCUUGAUGAAGAUAUGAUAAGAAUCCUUGGCUACUUAAAUAAAUAGUACAUUUUUUGUAUAGGUUUUUUCAAAGAAAAAUUAUUCAGAUCUUUCAGUUCGAUAUACCAGGUACUCUUAAGGAGAAACAUGUGCAACUUCUAGAUUAGAGAUCGUCUAGGCAGAGUUGAGAAACGACUUCUCACUCUUUUGAUUGGUUACAAUUAAGUCGGAAUCAAAAUUUCAGGCAGCGUUUGCGCAGUAAGUAUUCCAUGUGUAUUUUUAGGUUAUGUUUUCUGUGCAGGCAAGAGGUGCGCACAUUUGAAAAAGACUGCUGUUUCCGGACUAAUCAUGAUGCGCGGUAACAAGUCUGUAUGUUGGUUUUUCAAAUAUCCCUAGAUGAUCUCUAUUCUAGAUUAUAAAAUCUGCAAA